UGCAUGAACUGUGGAGCCGAAGGCUCUCUAGAAACCAGUCACGUGAACCGGACAAGCACUAGUAAUUACUGCUAGUUGCCUGAGAGAACAACGUGGGAAUUCCUGCUUGGAAAUUUUAAAACUUAAUACCAGCUGAUGUUUUUUAAUUUGCUCCAUUUUGUUGCUGUAGUGAGGUUAUUUGCCCUGGAGCCCAAUUCUCUUCUGCUCGAUUAUAAACUCUCAGGGAAUUGAACUGGGAAUGCGCUGUGAAUUGAAUUAUAUCUUCAUGAUCAGCGUCAGGACUCUGUGGUCUCCUGUGUCUUCCCCUGCUCUACCCUCAAUCCAGUCCAGAUCUGGCAAUAGGCCCUGAUGGUAUCAACAGGUGGUGAAAGCUUUAAAAGUGAAUUCCCCCGGACUGUUAUCUUUGCAAGCAUUCCCACAUCCAACGGAGUUUUUUUUAUUGCUACAUAGAAACAAGGUGUUUAGAUAAUGGGCUGUGUGCAAUGCAAGGACAAAGAAACGACUAAAGCAGCAGUGGAUGAGAGGGCUGGUUCCAUCCCCCAGAACUCAGGCUAUCGGUAUGGGCCUGACCCUUCCCCUCAACAUUAUCCCAACUUCAGCGUGACGGGGAUUCCGAAUUACAACAGUUUCCACGGGACAAGCGGACAAACGUUGACUGUCUUUGGAGGCGUUCAUACCUCCUCCCACACAGGGACGCUGCGGACCCGGGGUGGAGGAUCACUGACCGUAGGGGUAACACUGUUUGUGGCCCUGUAUGACUACGAUGCCAGGACAGAUGAUGACCUCAGCUUUCACAAAGGGGAGAAGUUUCAGAUACUUAACAACACAGAGGGAGACUGGUGGGAAGCCAGGUCCUUGCAGACGGGAGGCACAGGAUACAUUCCCAGUAAUUACGUGGCUCCAGUCGACUCCAUCCAGGCAGAGGAGUGGUACUUUGGCAAACUUGGCCGCAAAGAGGCUGAGAGGCAACUUCUGUCUGUCUGCAACCCGAGAGGAACCUUCCUCAUUCGUGAAAGUGAAACCACCAAAGGUGCCUAUUCUUUGUCAAUACGUGACUGGGAUGAUACAAAAGGAGACCAUGUUAAACACUAUAAGAUUCGCAAACUGGACAGUGGUGGGUAUUAUAUAACGACCCGGGCACAGUUUGAAACACUGCAACAGCUGGUUCAACAUUACGCAGAGCGCGCCGCUGGUCUCUGUUGUCGCUUGGUCGUUCCUUGCCAUAAGGGCAUGCCGAGGCUUGCUGACCUAUCUGUGAAAACCAAAGACGUGUGGGAAAUCUCCCGGGAAUCUCUGCAGCUCAUCAAGAGGCUUGGAAAUGGGCAAUUUGGGGAAGUCUGGAUGGGUACAUGGAACGGAACCACAAAAGUUGCAGUGAAGACACUGAAACCAGGGACCAUGUCUCCCGAGUCAUUCCUUGAGGAAGCUCAGAUCAUGAAGAAAUUACGGCACGAUAAGUUAGUUCAGCUUUAUGCCGUCGUCUCUGAGGAGCCCAUCUACAUUGUCACUGAAUACAUGAGCAAAGGAAGCCUGUUAGAUUUCCUAAAAGAUGGGGAAGGAAGAGUUUUAAAGUUGCCCAACCUUGUGGACAUGGCAGCACAGGUUGCCGCUGGCAUGGCCUACAUCGAGAGGAUGAACUACAUCCACAGGGACCUGCGAUCAGCCAACAUUCUGGUCGGAGACAAUCUAGUGUGCAAGAUUGCUGAUUUUGGAUUAGCGAGGUUGAUUGAGGAUAAUGAGUACACAGCUCGUCAAGGUGCAAAGUUUCCCAUCAAAUGGACUGCGCCAGAAGCUGCUUUGUAUGGCAGGUUCACCAUCAAGUCUGACGUCUGGUCCUUUGGCAUUCUACUGACGGAGCUGGUGACAAAGGGGAGAGUACCGUACCCUGGUAUGAAUAACCGUGAGGUGUUGGAGCAGGUGGAGCGUGGAUACAGAAUGGCAUCUCCGCAGGAUUGCCCCAGCUCCCUUCAUGAGCUCAUGAUACAGUGUUGGAAGAAAGAGCCAGAGGAGAGGCCCACCUUUGAGUAUCUACAGGCCUUCCUGGAGGACUACUUCACUGCAACUGAGCCUCAGUACCAGCCAGGAGACAACCUGUGACCAGCUUGUUGGGUGUUCCUCGCUAUUUUCCCUUGCCAUUAGACAUUGAGCAGUUGAAUGGUUCCCAGUCUUGGCUGCCAUUCUCCAGAAACUGGUAUCUUCUAAUGUCAAGUCCUAACUCCCCGGCCUUUUCAAAAUGGGCACCUUGAGACUAUCGAGGCUAUUUUUUGAAUAUGUCCGAAUGUUAGUAUUGUAUGAUAGUCAUUGUUAAAAAUGAUGGAAUACCAUCUCUAAAAUGCUACUUAUCGCUCAGAUAUUGUCUUCCCUCCCCUCCUGCCUGCCUGUUGGUUCAGCUGAACUCUUCCACGUUAAUAAACCUCUCGAGGGGCGAAUUGCAGCCUCUGCCUGCCUGUAGGAGCUGGUGGCAUUGAGCGAGCAUCGGCAGCAGGACCACCACCACCGUUACCUUCCUGAGGAGUCCUUGCAUAAACCUUCAAAUGUGACGGCAGCUCGGCGGAGAAGAGAAGCCGUUUGCAGCUGAGAAUCUAGCAAAGUAAUGAAACUGAGACUCGUGUUUGCUCUCCCUCACCACCCAUGACCCUGCGACCCUCGGCAUUAGCGUACUGCCAUGUUGAUGAGCCACUUGGGGAGCAUUGAAUGAUGCCAAAAACAAUUGCCUUUUUGUUUCUGCCUACUUCCCCUUUUCGCUGAUGUGCUGAUUUGUUUUAAUUCCCACUUGAGGAUUUCCUUUUUAAAACCAGUGAUAUAAUAUCUUGCCACCUGAGCAAGUUUAUUUCAAGAAGCUUUCCGUACCUUUCACGUGCCCUCCCUCCCCACACCCCUCCGAUAAUAGUAAUGGGCCAACUUUCUAGGGAAACAUAAAUCAGACCACAGUCCACGUGGCAAAAUGUUGCAUGGGACAAGCCCACCAGGUUAUGGUAUUCCCAGCAUCACUGGGGAUGUGUGGCUCAGCACUUGAGGACUGGCAGGGGUUGGAGAUCCGCCAUACAGAUGGCACCCAGUGAGAGCAGUGCUUUGCUACACUUGACAAUUCACUGUAGUGCUGGACGUCCAGGAGUGCGGGAGUCUAAUCCUUUCCCCGAGGAAACACAAAGGACCUCCACUAGCGCUAGUAAAAUGAGAAUAUGGUCACCUGUGCUUUAAAGGAUGAAAUGACAGAGUUCUCAGCCGUUCCAGAAUGUCCUUGUACGUCUAACGUCUUGCUGAUUUUUUUAUGCCUUUAUACAUGUAAUGUGCAGUAAUCAAUUGCAUUUCCUGAUUGCUUCCUGUGCAGCAAAUGACAUCCUAAAGGAUUAUUUUAAGAAAAUUACUAUGCACUCAAUAACUUUGAUAGCAGAUGCACAAAAGUAGUAAUGUGUUUUUGGAUGUUACUACAUUCCUUGAAUUGGCCAUGUGGUCUAAACAUUGGAUUCUUGGUAUUUGUACAUUUUAACCAGAUGAUGCCUCUGUAUUAAUAUUUUUUUUCUCCCUUCCGAUACUCACAACAAAUCUAAUGUUUCAGCUGCCAUUAAAGUAAGCAUUUUACAGUUACUGCACCGGUUGACAUUUUACAUAGCUAUUCAAUUUUCCUAAUCCAAUUCUUGUCAUUUUCAAACCCAUGUAAUAAAGAUCUUACCCGGGUCAGCCCA